AGUACGACGUUUCCAUCCAUUUUGGAUAGACUUCAGAUUGAUAUCCACCUGGGUUAUUUAAACUUCCUUGUCGAUCAUCGCGAUGAACUUGGCGUCACGUUGGACGAUAUAUCGUCAUUGUUUGGCUGUAUUGAACGUAUCUAUGCUUUUAAUCGAAAACUUCUCCAGCAGCUGGAUUCGGCCGACUUAGAUUGCGUAAAGAUGAGCCGUUGUUUCGUUGAGAAUGCAGGAAAAUUCGAAGAUUACAUUGUGUAUUGUACGAAUUACCAUCGAAUGAUAGCAACAUUAGCGGAAUUACAACAACUUCCACAUAUGGCUGCUGCGUUAGCCCAUCGUCAGACAGCACUCGGACACGCUCUUCCGUUGAGCGCGUAUCUUCUCAAACCAGUUCAACGUAUACUCAAGUAUCACUUGUUCAUUGAGAAUAUGCUGAAACACUUGCCGAGUUCGUUGCCAGCUGAUGACUAUGCAUUGGUCAAACGAGCUCAUGAGGUGAUGACAUCGCAAGCGUCAAGAAUCAACGACGAAAAGAAACGUGCCGAACAUGCCGAAAGGGUUGAGCAGCUGCAAGCGGCUAUCCAGAAAUGGACAGUCGAUAAGGAGGCUGCCAAUCUGUCAGCUUACGGAGAACUCCUCCUUGAAGCUCCAUUCCGUCUAGCUGGAUCCAAGAACACACGUUUACUGUUCCUCUUUGAAGAGAUGUUGCUGAUUGUGAAGCAAAGAAACUCCAAUUACAUCUGCAAGGACUAUAUUAUGUCUUCCAAUCUGAUGCUGAAUGAAUCUAUCUAUCCCGAGGAACCGCUAGCGUUUCAAGUGCUAUCGUUCGACAAUCCACGUGCUCAAUACAUCUUUCUCGCGUCAUCAGCUGAUCAGAAACGUACUUGGAUGAUUGAAUUGAAGAGGAUGAUGCUAGAUCAUUACGGUAUUGAAAUACCGGAGAAGACCAAGCAGUUGAUGCUGAGCAUGGAUAACACUCAACGUGUUGCAUUUGGAAGGCCUGAAUUUGCUGAGGUGUCCAUGAAAAAUCACAAACGGGUGCCCAAGUACUUGGAAAAACGGCGUAAGAGCGUGGAUAAGAGUACCAGUGAUCAGAACCGACGACGAAGUCUAUCGGCAUCCCGGUUACUGGGAGCUAGCAAGGUAAGUAUUCCCGAACCGGUACCGAAAUGCAAUUGCCAUAUGGCCUCAAUUCCUGGCCCUACUUCAUUUAAAUCAUUUCAGCGCGUCUCGAGUACGGCAAACAAAGUUCCCGUAGCACGUACACUUUCCGCUUCGACAAUUAUCUUCAACGGUGGAGUGGAAACGGUUCAGUCGCCACCUCCUCCUGAAGCAGUUAUGUCAUCUCGAAGUCGAUAUCAAAUGGCCCGAAAUAAGAGAGGACUACCGCCAAAGUGUGAGUCGCGUUCCUCAUCCUCACGUCGCAUCGACUGCGAAGAAAUUGACGAGACCUUCAACGAGCUGUUCAAAGAGCUCGUCCUGGUCGGUAACACCAGCCCCAAAGUGCAGGUUAGUGACGCAUUCAGGCUUUUGACAAAAAAAUUUUGGUCACGUAUCAUAAUUUUAUCUUUGUAA